AUGCAAGUGUUGUUCUCACCAGUAGCAGCUCCUGCCCUUGUGUUGUUCAUGAGUUUCAAGAGCAACAUCAAAUGGUUCGCAGCUCACUCUCGUUUCUCUGUGUCCUUCUAUGCGCGCACGUACUAUCGUGUGAACUAUAUGCAAGUGUUGCUCUCACCAGUAGCAGCUCCUGCCCUUGUGUUGUUCAUGAGUUUCAAGAGUAACAGUGAGUUUCAGUAUCUCUGUGUUCUAUUAACAAGAAAAGCUCAACUCCGCCCACAGCUUCCAGCUACUGUUCAUAUCAGCAUAGAAGCUCUCACGGGCAGUAUCAUAACUAAUAUUCCUAUUCUUCAACAGACAACCUACUUGCACUUUUUGGCAGCUUCGCUCACUAGUAGUUGUUUCUGGAAGCAUUCUAGAAGCUUCCACAACGUCACAACAGCUCUAGUUGUCACCACAUCUGCUAGGAAUUCAAUUAUCAUGAGCGUGCAAAAUCCGGCCAUACCGAAAGAACCGGAAAUAGCGGCAACAUCGCAAGCGGACGUUCGAGGUAAUAGGGCCAAUUCGGCAGUUAGAUCAGACUUGUCAUCGCCGGAAGGAGGUUCUUCCAUGGAGGCCAGUCCGGUAAAUGUUCCAGUUGAAGCUUUGGAAAAUGCAGCUGAAGCCGAAAACGCAGCUGAAGCUGAAAACGUAGUUGAAGCUGAAGACGCAGCUGAGGCUGAAAUUGAAGCACCUGUCGAGAACCCUGAGCCACCAAACGAGGAGCCAGCAGCACCAGCCAGACCGGUUCCGAAAGUAUACCCGAAAAUUGUCAACAAGCAUCAUUUGCCGUUCCCAGGAUUCAAACAUUUUGCAGAGCCCACUGACAAAAAGCCCGAAAUCGCUUACUUCAUUGACGAUGGAACCAAAAGUUUCUGGGAGGAGCUGAGAAGUGGAAAAGUGGUUAUUUGUAAAAACGCGAACAUUGAAGAGUUUGGAAUCGAGCUCCCAAAAGGAAUGACUAUUGAUACAAUCGAACAGAUUCUCAAGGAUCAUGAAGUUCCAACGCCAACAUUCAGUGUUCCGAACCUUGCCACUGACACUAGAGACACUAUCACCCUUCACAAAUUGAUCAAAGCUAUUAAAGCAGACGGUUCGGAGGGAUACAAUUGUCUUCAGUUUGAGACUUCCAAGAACGAAAAACUGAGCGCUGUAGUGUCUAUUCCACUGUUUGUCAAAGGAUUGAGCAUGACUCUGGAGUUGAAACGUAGAAUUGACUCUUGUCUCAAAGAGAUUGAAAAACAGAAACCAUCGAAAAAAGGGAUGACCAUGCAGGCAAUCAGAGCUGAAAAAGAUUAUUUCACAAAGCUCUUGGAGAUGAUUCCAACCUAUGAGAAGUUCUUCAUUCUUUCAAUGCGCAAAGCUUUCACUGAUCUUCACAUCGACUUUGGAGGCACUUUUGUGUACUACUAUCUCCUUCAGGGUUCCAAAACCUUCUGGGUUGCACCAUACAACGAUGAGAACCUCGAAGUCUACAAGCGCCUUGAGACUCUGAACCAAAGAGUUUGGCAGUCGGAUCCAGAGUUCUUGAAGACUUUCGAGAGAGUCGACCUGACUGGUGGGGACCUCGUCUUCCUUCCAAGUGGAACUCUUCACAUGGUGUACACCGAGAAAGAAAGUCUCGUUUUCGGAGGAAACUUCCUCAGUGCACAGAAUCUUCCGCUUCAUUAUGAAAUUGUGAGAAUCGAGGAGAAAACCUCCAAAAAGAACAUCAGAUUCCGCAAUUUCUGGGACAUCCAGUUUGCUUUCCUGAAGCACUGUUACUUGGAUGACGUGAAGAGCCAACAUGCGGCCGGUGUCAGAAACUACGAGAAAGAAUUCAGAGAAAUCGGGCAAAACUUCUGGAAUGAGUUGAACACUCGACGUGGCAACAGCAAUGUAUUCUCAACUUCCGAAAAGAGCAAGGUGCUCGAUGAGCUCGAACAUUUCUUGAACCAACAAGGAAAGAACUGGAAAAGAUCCCAUGAUGAGCCAUGCUCAUCUGAAAGUGCUGCAAAGAUGGCGAAGUUUGAGGAAGACUAG